GCUGUUGCAUUGGGUAGACGAUCCUUCAGCAGACAUCUCAUCAGCGACACAAAGUGGAAGAUGGACAGAGCAGCCGGUGUGACCAUCCUCAUCCUCCUUCUGUGUGCCAUCACUGCACAGGGUUUUCCGAGUUUAGGAUUUCAAGGACGGUGCCACUGCACUAGGACCAGAUCUGUUUUUAUUCAUCCAAUGUUCAUCCGGAGCCUGAAAUAUAUUCCAGGAGGAGCUCACUGUGAGACAGAGAUAAUCAUCACACUGAGAAAUAAGAGAAAGGUGUGCGUGAAUCCUGAUGCUAAGUGGGUGCAGGCACUCAUAAAUGACAACAAAGGUCCCAGAAAAGACAAAUGAAAGAUGAAGCUAUAGUCUGAAGAAUGCAACUCCGCGCCAGAAUUACCUGACAGGGACAGAGGAAGAUCUGCUCUAUUUGUUUACUAUCUGACAUUGCCGUCUGAUGGUUCAUUCUAGAGUCUUCACUUCAUUGACUUCUGUGGAUAAUUUCACUUCACUGUUCAUCCUUUCAGUAUAGGAGUAGAAAGGUUCUUCUGCAGUUGUGUAGGGCUAUUGUAAGACCACAUCUAUAGUUUUGUGUACAGUUUUGGUCUCCUAAUUUGAGGAAGGACAUCCUUGUGAUUGAGGCAGUGCAGCGUAGGCUCACGAG